AUGGCAAAUAAUCAGACUGAGAUUGCUUCCUCUACCGACAGUGCCAAUAUACAAUUUUCCAACAGUUCAACUCCUACCGUGAGUAUGCAUGGAAACAAUGACCCAGAAAAAGCUCUCGAGCCAUCGGGAAAAGAUGAAGUACAACCUACCGAGAAGUCAAUUGCUGCUGGCCCAGCACCCGCAACACCGGUGAUCGGUCCACCACCUGAUGGAGGUGGGCAGGCAUGGCUGGCCGUACUAGGAGCUUUUUGUGGUCUAUUCGUCAGCUUCGGCUGGAUCAAUUGCAUCGGCGUCUUCCAAGCAUACUACGAACGUCACCAACUGAGCGAGUUCUCUACCAGUACAGUAACAUGGAUCACGUCGCUAGAAACCUUCACGAUGUUCUUUUGCGGCCCAUUCUUCGGAACUAUGUUCGAUAGCUACGGCCCUCGCUGGAUCCUCCUUCUCGGCACAAUCCUCCACGUCUUCGGCUUAAUGAUGGCUUCCCUCUCAACAGAGUACUACCAAUUUAUCCUCGCGCAAGGAAUCUGUAGCCCAAUCGGCGCAAGCGCAAUCUUCAACGCCUCCGUCAACUCCGUCAGCACCUGGUUCGCCAAGCGUCGAGCUUUCGCCCUCGGCGUAACAGCCUCUGGAUCCAGUCUGGGUGGAGUUAUCUUCCCGAUCAUGGUCACCCAACUGAUUCCCAAAGUCGGGUUUCCCUGGGCGAUGAGAAUCUGCGCCUUCCUCAUUUUGUUUAUGUUGGGUAUCACCAAUCUCACCCUGAAGUCGAGAUUACCGCAUCGCCCAAAGCCAUUUGAUUUCCUGAGCUUCUUGAGACCGCUGGCUGAGCUCAAGUUCGGACUUACGCUUGCUGGUGCCUUUCUUUUCUUCUGGGGCAUGUUUUUGCCAUUCACUUUUGUUAUCACCCAGGCUGAGAGAUAUGGCAUGUCUUCCAAUCUGGCAGGGUAUCUGAUUCCGAUUUUGAAUGCCGCUAGUAUUUUCGGUCGCACGCUUCCGGGCUAUCUCGCCGACAAAGUCGGUCGCUAUAACAUGAUGGUCAUUACAACGUUCUUCUCGGCUAUCCUUGUCCUAGCCCUCUGGCUACCAUCAAGGGGAAAUGCCCCAGCAAUUGUGUUCAGUGCCUUGUACGGCUUCGGCUCUGGCGCGUUUGUUUCACUUGCACCCGCUCUUAUAGCGCAGAUCUCCGAUCUUCGCCAGGUGGGCGUGCGGAACGGCACUUUCUUUGCUGUCAUCUCGUUUGCGGCCUUGACUGGUACUCCUAUUGGUGGUGCUUUGGUCCCAGAUGUUCUGCAUAGCGAUUAUACCCGGCUACAGAUAUUUGCUGGUGUUGUUAUGAUUGCUGGAUCUGUUUUGUUUGUCUUUGCCCGGGGGGCUGUUGGCUUUGAGGGGGCGAACACCACCUUCCUCACAGACCAACACGUCCCUGGUGCCGACCUGACAGGCAAAUGGAUCAUCAUAACCGGAUCCAACAACGGCGUUGGCUUUGAAGCAGCAAAAUCUUUCGCAUCAUGGGGCGCAAAUCUCAUCCUCGCCUGCCGCGAGCCACCUUUAUGGGAACAGCAUCCAGCAGCAGCCGUGAACGAAUGCAAAGAGCUUGCCACGGCGCGCGGCCAUUCGUCCUCCAUUGAAUGGUGGCCAAUCGACAUGGCAGACUUCAGCAGUGUUGAGGCUUUCUGUCAAAAAUGGCUGGAAUGCGACCGCGCUUUGGAUAUCCUAUGCAACAAUGCCGGGAUUGCAGGGCCUACCCAGCAAACCCGCAUAACGAAGGAUGGAUUCCAGAUCGUUCAUCAGGUCAACUUCUUAUCGCACGUACUACUAACCCUUCGACUCCUACCAUCUCUAGCUCGCAGUGCAGAGCCUCGAGUUAUCUGCACGACCUCAUGCUUCCACCACAUAGGACAGUUUGAUCUCGAGCAUCUCAAUAAUGAACCGGGCAGCAAAGGCAACGAUUAUCGAGACAAUAAGCUCUACCUCCAAAUGUGGGUUGCAGAGAUGCAAUCUCGGCUCCUCAAGCACCCCGAGUACCUCCACAUCACAAUCAACGGCGUCCACCCCGGCUUUGUGGCAUCGGGUAUAUGGAACGGUCUUGAGAAUGCGGGGAAAGCCCCCGGUGGACUGAAUUUCUUUUUUGCGCUAUGUCGCCAUCUCGUCGCAACAGGGUGGAUUGGCUAUUUCUCAUGCGGCUACUAG